AUGCGUUCGCCGCGCUUACCAACCGAAGUCUCCGAAAGGGUCCUUGAAGCUCUCCGCUCCGAGCAAGACCUCGUCACGCUCUCCGCCUGCGCUCGGGUCUGCAGCGCAUGGUUCCCCAGGAGCCGCUUCCUCCUCUGGCGCAACAUCACCAUCUCCGAUGUCGACACGGUUUGUUCCAUCCGUGCGGCCUUCGAGCGCUCUCCCGAGUUGUGCGGCUGGGUCCACGCGAUCCGACUGGAAAACCCGAGCGACCAAGGGAAGGGCACGCCUCACGCGGCCCCAGCGAUCCUCCUGCCGUAUCUUGCCAAACACCUCCGCAAAUGGGAAAUCGUGUUGAAAGAAGGCUUGACGCUCUUCCCACCCCAGAUAAUGGCCUGUUUUCGCCUGUACACCGCCGCCAAAUGCCUCAUCCUCGAAUGCACGGACUGGGACGCCUACCUACCUUUUCACAGAUGGUCCAAUGGAUUCACCGCCCUCGAGACUUUUGAGCUGCGCCGCCAGUCCUUCGACCUAUUCAAAAAUUCCGCCUCGCCCGGCGACCGAGCUCUCAUGCCCUCACGAUGGGGCCGGCGGGGUGGUUGCAUAAUGAAGACCAAAGCUCCGUCGCGACCCAUUAUAUACGGGGAUCGAAGCAACUCGGCUGUCUCUGAUUUGACUAUCGGGUCAGUCAUGUUAGCUACGGCAGAAUUCAUCCUCCAGGACUAUACCGGCCUUGUGAACCUCUGCAUAGAGGUGGAUGAAGUUUGCCUGCACGCCUUCCUCAACGACCCCUCAGUACCCGAGAAGAUUGACGAGCUCAUUAACGGCGGCCUCCCACAAUCACUGCGCUCCUUCGAUAUCAUCCUCGACAGUUCUCUAUUAGACGACACGUAUGGCGUCAAUUUGAACUCGGCACAACGGGGGAAUUUCUCCAGCUUCGUGCAGCUCGUGCAAGGCCAUGCGUUUCUUAGCAAAAGUGGUAUCACCUGCGUCGUGAAGAAUUCAACUAUGAACCUUGGGGAUCGUUGGAGAGAAUCGUUCAAGCCUCGGCCUCUCUCGCUCGUUCACUGGUAA